CCCACAAGUCCUACGCCGUCGUAAUGGCGCGCCAUUCAACUCAUUGGAAGUCAGCUGAGUUAAUUCCCUCAAUUGAACAAAAAUACUUAAAUCUGCUCCAAGAUGGGAAUGACGAAAACCAGAUUCUGACUGGCUCCGAGGCCACUUCUACACGAAGGUUAUCCAGGGUCGGAUUUUUAUAUGGUGAUUUUCCUCUCAAAAGGAUGGCGAGCGACCGACGCACCGCUUCCAGGUCCAGCUCAAGCCAAGCUCACCGCAGCAAAGAAUCCUGCUCAAGCCAAGUCCGUUCCAGUUUCAGGUCCUGCUCAAGCCAAGCCCGUUCCAGUUUCAGGUCCUGCUUCAAGCCAAGCUUGUUCCAGUUUCAGGUCCUACUUCAAGCCAAGCUUGUUCCAGUUUCAGGUCCUGCUCAAGCCAAGCUUGCUCUAGUUUCAGGUCCUGUUCAUGUCAAUAAUGAUACAUAUUCAAGUCUUGCUAGAGCCAAGUUCUCUCCAGUAUCAGGUGCUGUUUUAACCAUGUUCACUCCAGUUUCAGAUUAUGUUCGAGUCAAGCUCGCUUCAGUUUCAGAUUCUGUUCGAGCCAAGCUCGCUCUAGUUUCAGGUCCAUCUGAAGGGAAGCUUCCCUUAGUUUGAAGUCCUGCUCAAGCCAAGCCCGCCCCAGCUUCAAUCACAGCUCGCCCCAGUUUCAGGUCCUGUUCAAUAGGGGUGUGGGAAAAAAUUGAUUUGAAUUCAAAUCGCGAUUUUCACGUUGUAUGAUUCAGUAUCGAUUCUCAUUUUUCAAAAAUCGAAUUUUAUUUUUAUUAUGUUUUUAUUAAUCAAUCCAACAAAAUAAUACAAAGCAAUACCAUAACAAUGCAAUCCAAUUCCAAAACCAAACCCGACCCAGCAACACUCAGAACAGCAAUAAACAGAGCAAUUGAGAGGAGACACAAACACGACACAGAACAAUCCAAAAGUAGUGAAACAAAAAUGAAUUUUAUCAACAACAGUAUCAAUAUUACCGUAUUUUUCGGACUAUAAGUUGACGUUUAUUUCAUAGUUUGGCCGUGGGUGCGUUGUAUACUCCGGAGCGACUUAUGUGUGAAAUUAUUAACACAUUACCGUAAAAUAUCAAAUAAUAUUAUUUAUCUCAUUCGCGUGAGCGACGAAGAAAAUGUCCGUAAUCGUCACACACACGUCAGCAAUCGUCACUCACACGCCAACCAAUAACUAUUCGGCGGGGGCGGGUCAUGGCAGAAGUGCAUUGUGGGUCCUGGGAUGCUAACUGCUAUAUGUUAUACGCUACUGCCGGAGCUAUUAAAAUGGAUCACAUCAACAUUAGCGGUAACUUAUAAAAACUGAGAAGGACUGAAAUAAAAUGGCACCGAAAAGGAAAUCAUAUACUGCAGAUUACAAGCUGGACCUUGUGAAAUAUGCUGCAGAGAACAGCAAUCGAGCAGCAGAAAGAAAGGACGCUAGCGGGGCGCAUACCAGAGGCGACACAGAGGAAGAAGAUUUCAUGGGAUUUAGCGAUUAGGAGUGACAGAUUGUUUGGUAAACGUAUAGCAUGUUGUAUAUGUUAUAGUUUUUUUGAAUGACUCUUACCACAAUAUGUUACGUUAACAUACCAGGCACGUUCUCAGCUGGUUAUUUAUGCCUCAUAUAACGUACACUUAUUCAGCAUGUUGUUCACUAUUCUUUAUAUUUAUUUUAAAUUGCCUUUCAGAUGUCUAUUCUUGGUGUUGGCUUUUAUCAAAUACAUUUCCCCAAAAAAUGUGACUUAUACUACAGUGCGACGUAUAUAUGUUUUUUUCCUUCUUUAUUGUGCAUUUUCGGCCGGUGCGACGUAUACUCCGGAGCGACUUAUAGUCCGAAAAAUAUGGUAGUUACAAUUUCAACAUAGCAGUGAUUAAAAAUCCCUCAUUGACAUUAUCUUUAGACGUUUAAAAAAACCACAAAAAAAAACAAUAGUGUCACAGUGGCUUACACUUGCAUCGCAUCUCAUAAGCUUGACAACACACAAAUUUACAUUAUUGCAAUCAGUUGAUAAAACAUUGUCCUUUACAAUUAUAAAAGCUUUUUACAAAAAUCUACUACUCUGCUUGCAUGUCAGCAGACUGGGGUAGAUCCUGCUGAAAUCCUAUGUAUUGAAUGAAUAGAGAAUUGUUUUGAAAUGGAAAAAUAUCGUUUUUGAAUCGAGAAUCGCGUUCAAUCGAAAAAAGCGAUUUAUAAUCUAAUCGUGACCCCAAGAAUCAAUAUUGAAUUGAAUCGUGGGACACCCAAAGAUUUGCAGCCCUAAUACACAUUUGUAUAUUUAUAUACACAUAUACAGUAUAUACAUAUAUAUUAUAUAUAUAUAC